AUGGCCUCCACGCGAGAGGAGCGGCUGCAAAUGCGCCAGCGCGGCGCUGGGACGCGCAAAAUCAAAGAGGUGAAUUUCGGCUUUUCGUUCGGGUCACCAGGAAUUGAGCCUCCCGAACCGCAACUCUCGAUCCCUGAGGCGAAAGUGCUUCCGCAAACACAACCAACCACGUCAACGCCGCCAUCGUUGAAACCGUCGCAAUCAUCCCAAAAUCGCAUUGGAACCCAGCGAACGCCAGGAAGCGCGCGCAAUGGCCUACCUCAAAGACCCUCGACCUACGAUAUACCGUCUGACGAUGGACCUGAACAGACGCGGAGCAGCAAAAGGAGGAAAAUCAGCCCUCCUGACAGGAAUUUGGAUACUUCUUCACGCCGAAGUCCUUUGCGACGCGACAAUGGCAACUCAAUACCCAAAGAACCUGAUGUCGCAAAGGAAACGGAGACUCAAGUAACUCAGGCACCAGAAGUUUCAACUACAGAUAUACCUGCACCUCAACCGACGCCAGUGAACGAACCAACCCGGACACAGGCAUCACCCCUCCCAGAAAUUCCAGCGGACGAAUUACCACAGGCGGGUGAGUCGAGGAUCAAUGGCGAGGCCUCAGGGAUUGCAGUCGGGGAUGACAACGCGCCUCAACCCCUAUUACCAGAGGCAGAGUCUGCGGGGCCGGAAAUGGGCGAAAAUAUGCAAGAGCUGCCGUCGUCAUCCAAAGCCCCGCUGGAUCAAACACAAAUUGGUAGUGGACAACCAGAAACCACCACAAAGUCACGCGCGAAGCGGCAAAGGAGCCGGUCACCUCAAGCCGGAAAGUCAGCCAAGGUGGCCAAGGAGCAGACGAAAGCCUCAGCGAAGUCUACAUCACCACCCUCGCAGAAAGGGGCUAAAUCGAAAGGGAACGCUCGACAAAUUCGUGGCGGUUCAGGCGAUGAGCCUGAAGCCGGCUAUGUGCCGACUACUAAUGACGGUGUGGAGGCGAACAGGGCUGCUCCCGAGCCUAGUAGCUCUAUUAAUUCAGCGGAGAAGAGCAAUGAGGCAUCCUCGAAGCUUACUCGGGAAAUAAGGAAACCUCGUGGUCGCCUGGGACGCAAAGUCAAUGGUCAUCGCUCUCCGUCGCUGGCAGAGGAUGUGGCACCAGAACCCGAAACUACAGUUCAAAACGAGCCUGCGAAGAAACAGGCUCAGUCAUCAAAGACCAAACGACCCCGUGGUAGACCGUCUACUGCUGGGAAGACCACCGGCACAGCUGAGGCUUCUGAGCGUCCAGAUGUUUCAAUUGACCCAGCUCCAGCCGUGGGCGAAUCGUCUUCGGCAGGUGCACAACGUAGCCGAAAGCCCAAGUCAAGAAAGCGAACCGACCGGCCGGAGGUCCAGCCCGAACCGGAGCCCGAGCCCGAAGCUGAACCAGAGCCAGAGCCAGAGCCAGAGGCGGAAUCUGUGGCAGCAGCCCUCAAGAAGUCUCGAGGCUGCGCAUCUGGAAAAAAAGCCACACGUGCAACGGCGUCCGAGCCUGCACCUGCAACAGAAGCGCAACCAGAACCCGAAAUUGCCCAAGAUGCGCCUCGGCGAAAAAUAAGAGAGCCUCGAGGGGAAACCGUCCCUGUCACCGUGCAUCGUCUCGCCAAUACUACUGCUUUGGGUGGAACGGUCUCUCCUGCCGACGGGUCUGGUGAUGAAGAAGAAGACUCGGCCGAUGAGCUCUCGACGCGCCAGAAGACCAAGUUGCCCAGCCGCGGCGGGGUCAAUCCAGCUGAUGUCCUAAGCCAGAUUUGUCGCGAGACGCUGGAGAAGACCUUGACAACACUCAAGAACGGGAUUACGAACGAGACGAAUCCCACGCGGCGCGCGGAAUGGUCGCGCAAGAGGAAGGCUGUCGAGGCAUUCGGCUCGGAGCUGGAAGGUCGCCUGCUUGACUUGAGUGAGAUGCUCGACAGCAACUUUGUCCUUGGGGUCCAAUUGAAGAAGGCGAAGCGGGAAAUGAUGGACCUGCGAAGCCAUCUGUACCGAGUCCGGCGGGAGCGAGAGAACGUGGCCUUGCAGAUGGACGCAGUGCGAGCAAAGCAUAUGGAAGAUGAGAGGGCCAAAUCGGCUCGCACCACUAUCAACAACUCCCUUCACAGUCUGGAGCUUGCCCUCGACCGCCAGCACCGUGCUCCACCCCCUACAGAUUCCUCGCCCGCAAAUGUCGAGUUUCUUCUACGUACUAUGUCCGAUGUAAGCUCUCGGGCGCCGGGGGCGCAAGGUGGGCUCCUGAACCAAGUCCGCGCCUUCAACGCGCAACUUGAAGCGACUGCGCGCCGUCUGGAGCAGCGAUGA